UUUAGCUAUACCUCUUAUGCAGUCAUGGAUGCUAGACUUUAAAGAAGGUUUUAAUAAAAUUAAACUCCUAUUAUGCCUUGAUUUCCCCCCAUAGAUAUUUAAAAACUAAAGUGAUCAAUUUAAUUUCGCGGAAAUUCGCUGAAAUUCGACUAUAAUUUGGAUUAAACUGUUUUGGAGAAGUAGCAGCAGAAAAUGCCGAGCGAAACUCAAGAAGAGAAAACUGACGUUGAACAAAUUAAACUCACUGAACAAGAUUCGUGUAAAACUAAAGACGAGGUUUUGGAAACAACUGUAGAAAAUUAUGCGGACAAAUAUUUGAUAUACGGUGUAAAUGAUGCGCCUCCUAUACAUAUUACGAUUGUCUGUGCGUUGCAGCAAGGACUACUUUCUCUGUCCGGUCAGCUAAUUGUAUCCUUACUCGUGGCGGAAGCAGUGUGCGCGUCCAACAAUGAAAUUUUCAAAGCGAGGCUGCUUAGUUCUACACUGUUUAUGAGUGGCGUAACAACAGUUGCCAUGAAUCUUUUUGGGAUCAGACUUCCAUUAUUCCAGGGCGCGGCCUCAGAGUAUGUGAUACCGUUGCUUCUUGUUGCUAAUGUUGAUGGAACGUUUUGUUCAAGUCUAACACCAGAGUCCGAACAGUCAGUUGCCAUUAAUAUGACAGCCAAUGCAAGUAUUGAGGAAAUACCGAUAGACCGAAUAAUGUCAAAUAUACAAGCGCUACAAGGAAGUCUUAUGGUAGCCGGAGUCGUACACGCCAUGCUUGGCUUUACUGGUCUGAUUGGAUUUCUACUAAAGUUUGUGGGACCGUUGACUAUUGUGCCCACUUUAGUCCUCAUCUUUAUAUUCCUCAUAAAGCCAGUAUUGAAGUUUGUGGAAGUUAACUGGGGGAUUGCUAUGUCGACAGUACUUCUUGCUGUUAUUUUAUUCCUGUACCUUGGCAACCAUAACAUGCCAGUACCGGUGUGGACCCCAUCUGGUGGGUUCCGGAUUGUUCACUAUCCACUACAUCAAGUAUUUGCCAUCCUCAUAUCUAUAAUUGUCAACUGGAUCAUCUGUGGAAUACUUACUAAAUUUGACGUCAUAGAAAACGAUCCCGACGGCAAGGGAUACAAUGCUCGUACAGACGCACGGAGUGAUAUAAUAUCAGAUAAUCCAUGGAUAACGUUCCCGUAUCCAGGACAAUAUGGUCCGUUCAGCUUCAGCGGCGCAGCAUUUUUAUCAUGUAUGAUUGCAACAUUAAUUUCUGUGCUUGAUUCAAUUGGUGAUUAUUACGCAUGCGCAAGAGUAUGCCGCGUGCCAGCGCCACCACGUCACGCGGUUAAUCGCGGCAUAUUGAUAGAGGGAGUGUGUAGCUUUAUCUCGGGCAGUGUUGGCUGUGGACAUGCCACGUCGACAUAUGGUGGCAACAUAGGAGCCAUUGGUGUUUCAAAGGUUGCCAGCCGGAGAGUGUUUCUAUGCACAGGAAUAUUGUAUAUUUUGUUUGGUAUAUUCGGCAAGUUUUCGGCUAUAUUUAUAACAAUUCCUUAUCCGGUUCUUGGUGGAGCUAUAGUCGUCAUGUUCGGGAUUUUCUUUGGAGUUGUUCUAUCAAACUUAGAAGUUACGAAUAUGUCCUCUCCUAGGAACAUGGCUAUUAUUGGGCUGUCGAUAUUUAUUGGCCUGUCCGUACCAACAUGGGCCCAAAAAGUUGAAAAUCCUGUUAAUACAGGUAACGGACAAUUUGAUAGGAUCAUGGCAAUGUUGCUAGGCAACCCAAAUCUUAUUGGGACAAUAUUAGCUUGUUUCCUUGACAACACGGUUCCUGGUAGCGACGAAGACCGAGGUAUAGCCGCAUGGCAAGUCAGCGAUGAUGACGUAACCGCCGGUCACGAUAAAACGAAGUUUAAUGAGGGCUACGAAGUUUAUAGUCCUUUGUUUCCAAGACGGCUACUGUCGUCUAAAGUGAUGAAAUUUAUACCGUUCCUUCCAUACGAGGCAUACAAAGACCCCGAAACCUUUGCCAAUGGUGUAUAGAAUUCAAUUUGGAUAAAUAGAUUUUAAUAUUUAGUAAAAUGCCAAUCGGAAAAUAUUACGGGUUGGUUUACUCUCCGUACACUAUACAUGUAUAUGUGGAAAUGGGCGUGAUCUACUCUUGGUCACGUGUCACGGAUAAAGAGGCAGGAUCAGCUUUUCUCAAUGCUCAAAGUUAUUUGGGCACUUGUUUAUUAAAUUCCCUUUGAAUAUGUAGUAAAUAGACAGACAGAAAAGGUU